AUGGCGUCCGUCGCAUUCAGCCGCUCAACAAGAGCAGGCAUUCCUCAAUGGAGCUCCAAGGUUUUCCGACCUACCCUCCUCACCCGCCGAAACCUCUCAUCAUACCUUGUUUCGCCGCAAGAGCUUCACGAAGCCCUCAAGAAGAACCCUCCGUCAUCCAUUAGUACCGAUCCUCGAGUCAUUCCUCUCUGCGCCUCAUGGUUUCUUCCCAACGAUGGGCGAUCCGGAAUCGAGACGUUUCGCGAACAGAGAAUCCCCAAGGCUCGAUUCUUCGACCUCGACAAGCACAUUGACAAGCGCAGUCCCUACCCUCACAUGCUUCCCAAUGCUAAGACUUUCGCUGCUGCCAUGAGCGGGCUUGGAAUUCGAAAGGAGGACACUGUCGUGGUAUACGACAGCAAGGAGCUUGGCAUCUUCAGCGCUCCCCGCGUGGGCUGGACAUUAAAGGUUUUCGGCCACCACAAGGUCCAUGUGCUAAACAACUUCAAGCUCUGGGUGGAACAGGGUCUACCGACAGAGUCAGGAGAGAUCUAUACUGUCGAGUGCCGGCCUUAUCAGAUUCCAGCUAUGGAUGAGAACCGCGUCGCAAGCUUCGAGCAGAUGAUGGAGAUUGCUCAGGACCACAACAAGGAGGGCGCUGAGGGUGUUCAAGUUAUUGAUGCCCGACCUAACAACCGUUUCACUGGUGAAGCUCCUGAGCCUCGCGAGGGUCUCUCCUCUGGUCACAUGCCCGGGUCUAUCAACAUCCCUUUUAGUUCAGUGCUGGACCCUAAAACCAAGGCUUUCCUCCCCAAGGACGAACUCAAGAAGCUAUUUGCUGAGAAGGGCGUCGAUUCAGAACAUCCUAUUGUGUCAAGUUGCGGUACUGGUGUGACCGCUUGCGUGAUCGAGACUGCUCUCGAGGAGGCUGGCGUUGGAUCGCCCGAGUCUAGGAAAGUCUACGACGGUAGCUGGACUGAAUGGGCUCAGCGAGUGCAACCUUCAGAAAACCUGAUCAUUAAGACAGCGAAGGAGUAA